GUUGAAAGUUAAAGUAUGAAGUCAGAGUGGUCAGACUGCCAGACUCCAUUUUACACUUCGAGGGAGCAGGAGGAGGAAAACAGGGAAUUCCAAAGUGUGGAUCCUGAGCGAGUAAAGGACGAGUCCCACAAGCUGACAUGCAAACUCUGCAGGAAAAAAAGUCUCCUCCAUAUCCUCACCAUCAGGGCGCAGCUUCCUGAAUGCCGGCUUCAUAACAAAGCACGGAACUUCAUUUUCCACAACGUGUGUUCCUUUCUCAGACUCUGAGGAAAACAGCAGCAACUGGAGAAGAUGAGUGAGGAAGAGGACAAGUCUUCAGUCUCCAGGGACAGACCUCCAGGCUUCAGUGAUGAACCUGGACCCUCAGACACAAAACAGAGAUCAGAGUCUCCAGUCCCCAGUCUGUCUCUGAAGAGUGACUUUUCCAUGGAGACCCCUCCAUACUUCAGUAAUGAACCUGGACCCUCAGACCCAAAAGGGAAGAGGAAGAGUCCUGUUCCUGUGGAGGAGCAGCUGUCCAGCGGUGCUCUGUGUCAGGACGUCCUGAAGGAUCCAGUCUCUACCAGCUCUAGCGAGACAGAUAGUGGUCUGCAGGAGGUUUUAGAUGAACAUAGGCUCAGUCUGAGGAGGAGAUGUGAACGUGUGACUGAAGGAACUGAACAAAGUGAAACCCUCCUCAACAGCAUCUUCACUGAGCUCUACAUCACACAAGGCCUCAGUGAAGAGGUUAAUACCCAACAUGAGGUGAGGCAGCUGGAGACAGUUUCCAAGAAGAAGCCCCUCCAUGACACUCCAAUCAAGUGCCAGGACAUCUUUAAAGCCUUACCUGACCAACAGACUCACAUCAGAGCGGUCCUGACCAACGGAGUCGCUGGAAUUGGAAAAACCUUCUCAGUGCAGAAGUUCACUCUGGACUGGGCCGAGGGUUUGGAAAACCAAGAUGUCAGUCUGGUGAUCCCGCUCUCCUUCAGGGAGCUGAACCUGAUCAAAGGUGAGCAGUACAGUCUUCUCAGGAUGCUCCAUGAUUUCCAUCCAACCUUACAGAAGGUCACAGCAGAGCAGCUGGCUGUCUGUAAAGUGCUGCUCAUCUUUGACGGCCUGGAUGAAAGCAGACUUUCUCUGGACUUCAGAAACAAUGAGGUUGUGUCUGAUGUCUCACAGCAGUCCUCAGUCAACGUGCUGCUGACAAACCUCAUCAGGGGGAAGCUGCUUCCCUCGGCUCUCGUCUGGAUAACUUCCAGACCUGCAGCGGCCAAUCAGAUCCCUCCUGAGUGUGUGGACAGGGUAACAGAAGUACGAGGCUUCACUGACGCCCAGAAGGAGGAGUACUUCAGGAGGAGAUCGAGGGAUGAAGACCUGUCCAGCAGAAUCAUCUCUCACAUCAAGAGCUCCAGGAGCCUCCACAUCAUGUGUCUGAUCCCAGUCUUCUGCUGGAUCACUGCUGCAGUUCUGGACCACAUGUUGACUACAGACCAGAGAGGAGAGCUGCCCAAGACCCUCACUGACAUGUACUCACACUUCCUGCUGGUCCAGACCAAGAGGAAGAAGCAGAAAUAUGAAGAGGGACAUGAGACGAGUCCACAGCAGCUGACGGAGGCUGACAGGGAGCUUCUUCUGAAGCUGGGGAGGCUGGCGUUUGAACAUCUGGAGAAAGGAGACAUCAUGUUCUACCAAGAAGACCUGCAGCGCUGUGGUCUUGGUGUCACCGAGGCCUUGGUGCACUCAGGAGUUUGUACAGAGAUCUUCAAAAGAGAGAGUGUGAUAUUCAAGAAAACAGUCUACUGCUUUGUUCAUCUGAGCAUUCAGGAGUUCCUGGCUGCAGUCUACAUGUUGCACUGUUACACCAACAGGAAGACAGAGGUACUGGAGGACUUCCUGCAGGAAGACUGUGACUAUUACAUACGUGAUAGCAGUGAUCCGGAUUACCCAUCCCUGGAUGUCUUCUUAAAGGAAGCCAUGAAGAAAUCCCUCAGAAGUGAAAAUGGCCACCUGGACCUGUUUGUCCGCUUUCUCCACGGCCUCUCUCUGGAGUCCAACCAGAGUCUGUUAGGAGGCCUGCUGGGUCGCACAGACAACCGUCCAAAGAUCAUCCAGAGAGCCAUCAACAACCUGAAGGAGAUGAGAAGUGAUGAAAUCUCUCCUGGCAGGAGCAUCAACAUCUUCCACUGUCUGACAGAGAUUAACGACCUCUCAGUACAUCAGGAGAUCACAGAGUUCCUGAAGUCAGAGAACAGAUCAAAGGAACUCUCUGUGAUCCACUGCUCUGCUCUGGCCUACAUGCUGCAGAUGUCAGAUGAGGUUCUGGAUGAGUUGGACCUGAAUAAGUACAACACAUCAGAGGAGGGACGACGGAGACUGAUUCCAGCUGUGAGGAACUGCAGGAAGGCCAAACUUUCUUACUGUGGACUCUCAGAGACUCACUUUGAAGUUGUGGCCUCCGCUCUGAAGUCUGACCCCUCCCAUCUGAGACAUCUGAACCUGAUGAAGAAUGAUCUGCAGGGUUCAGGACUGAAGCUGCUGUGUUCUGGACUAAAGAGUCCAAACUGCAGACUGGAGACUCUCAUACUGUGGGCCUGCAGGUUGUCAGAGAUCAGCUGUUCUGCUCUGGCCUCAGCUCUGAAGUCCAACAUCCAUCUGAGAGCGCUGGUCCUGAGUUUCAACAAGCUGCAUGAUUCAGGAGUGGAGCUGCUGAGAGAUCUUCUGGAGACUGCAGACUGCAGACUGGAGACUCUCAGACUGGAGUUCUGCAGUUUGACAAAGAUCAGCUGUUCUGCUCUGGCCUCAGCUCUGAUGUCCAACCCCUCCCAUCUGAGAGAGCUGGACCUGAGAAAAAACAAUCUUCAGGAUUCAGAUGUGAAGCUGCUGAGAGAUCUUCUGGAGAGUCCAGACUGCAGACUGGAGACUCUCAGUAUCGAUGGCAGCCCAGAUCCAGAAGACCUGUGACUCUGCUGUGGAACAGGAAGUGAAGACAGACAGAGAGGCUCCAGGUUCCUUCUCACCGUAAAACACACCUGAAUCUUCAGACAGGUCCACGAGGAGAAAGGUCCCAAAGGAAAGAUGCAUUUUGCAGUGAACAUCUGAUCAGAGCGUAUUCCAAAACAACAAAGAAAAUCUGAACUGCUGAAACACUGUUAAAAAGAAAUACAGCGAACAUGUACAUUUUACACUUUAAACUGUUAUAAUUCACAGAGAAAAUACAUUUGAAACCAGUAAAUAUAACAGUGUUUUUCUGGUGAAUUAGCAUGACGACGCUGAAUUUAAACAGAUUGAUUAUUUCAGUCAUUUUUCCUCAAAAU